GUUCUCUUUCGACUUCUUGCUGAAUUCUUCAAGUAUCAUCUGUUUAUCUCGCGUGAAAAGCGUGUCAUAUAUCGUGAGUUUCUUGAUAUCUUAUAUAUAUCAAUGCCGAGUACAAGAUUUGUCCAACGAACGUUGUUGUUGAAAACGUUAUUGUGAUAAAAGUGAAAUCGGGAAUUGUGUAUACAUCAUUUAUUGAUACAAGACUGGUACCAUGGCAGCCAAGGAGGAGGCAAGCGGCACGACGACUGACGCAAAGACUGAAGAAACGCCGGAUAAUUCAACAACGGAGGACGCACCAACUAGUCUAGAAACCAUCCCCGAGGGAAACGUGGCACGAAACGAGCUUCAGACAGCGCCGAAGGACAAAUCAAAGAUUGAUAUAUUGCUGAAGGCUACUGCCAACGCUCCGAUCAUGAAGCAGAAGAAGUGGUCGGUCUCUCAAGACAAUCCUAUUGGACGGAUCUCCGAAUUCAUAAAGAAGUACCUCAAACUGGAUCCCAACGAGAGAUUGUUUCUCUAUGUCAAUCAGACGUUUGCACCUGCUCCCGAUCAGACGGUGAAGAACUUGUACGAUUGCUAUGGCGCCGACGGAAAGUUGGUCAUACAUUACUGUAAAAGUCAGGCGUGGGGCUGAGAUUCGUUGAAGUUAAUUUACCGAAGUUAAUUUUUCCUGACAAAAGAACCAUAUAUAAAUUUACACGAAACACAUUGUGAUAAUUUUAACUUUUUAUUUAUAAUAUACAUAUAAUUCUAGCUUUAUAUUUAUGAUAUAAUUAUGAUACUGAUAUUCACUUUAUUAUUGUUUUGUAGGAAAAUCCUUACUGGAAUUUGCGUUCGGUACAAAAAUGCUCACAGUUUUAUUGUAUGCAUUUUAAUAUAGUAAUAUUAGAACCUCGAGUAAAAUUAAUCAGUCUUACGAAAUAAUUGUACAUUAUGUCUUUGAUGUAAUGGAUCUUCUACUGCAUGA